GCGAAAUUCGUUGCUUUUAUAACUUCUAACGAUUGUCUUAAAUUUUGUUAAAUACCUUUAAACUAAAUUGUAUAUUAAAAAGCAAUCCAACUUUUAGGUUUUAACGAAUUUUUAUUAAUGAUUAAGUAGUCUACUAAUAACGGAAUUAUAAACGUGUGGGUGAUAUUAUGAUAUCACUUCACAUUUCCUGGUAGAAAGAUAACUGUCUUAAUGCUUCUCAAAUGAUGAGCAAUACAUUUUAAACGUUAGACAAUUUUUCCAGACACACGGACAAAUAUCGAAACGGAUUUUAUGUUCAUAAAUAUUUAAAAAUUUAUUCUUUAACUUUAGUACAGUUAAAGGUAAUAUACUUGUUCUUUACGAGUUUCGUAAAAUUUCAAGAAUUUUUUAUUUCACCACCAAUGAAGGUUACAAUAUUAUUGGCGCAGGAAAAAAUGAAUAAAAAUUAGGAUUAAAAAUAUUUACGUGAAUACAUCUAAAAUUAUUCAAUGACGGGGUAAAAGGAAAAAGCCAUCGCUUCCUGAGUAAUCUCUUUCUUGCUUCCGUUUUAGCGAGAUAUGUACCGAUUCAGUUGUUUAUGAGUGUGAAUGAAACAAUGAACUAAUAAGACUGAAACUGAGAAAUAAAUAAUAACAUCAAAGAAAAACUGUUCCUAAAUUAUCUAAAAUCUACUCAAUCGCGGUAUUAGAUAAAAUUAUUUAUAUUACGAAAAACGUAAAUUUAAAUAAUUUUAUAUUUACUAGAUAUGUAUAUUAUUUAUACUAAGUAAUAAUUGUACCCGUACUCGUAUGUUACUAUUGGUAAUGAUGUAAUACUAGUAGUUGUAGUAGUAGUAGUAAUAAUAACAAAAAUAGUAACAACAGCAAUAACAAAACAAUAACAAUGUAUAAUUUGUAACCCUAAAACGAUGCCAUCGCUGUUUUUCUCGGCCUAUUCUUGGCCUGCACUUUCUACUCUACCCGAGUGGCGACGUGUUACCACCACAAAUGCCUGGCAUCGGGUACUCGACUUCCCCACAGGCUCACUCACGACUCCUCUCGUUCAGUUUCUCGGUGAACCGUCGCGUGGAGAGUGGCUUUCUUCGCAGUUUCCCAGUUUUCUGUCGAUCGAAGAGAUAGAUAAAGGAAGCACAGCCCGCGGAAUGUGGUCUUGCUAAUAAAAAAUCAAAGCGAUUGUUGCGGGUCUCAUUGUUGCCGAUGACCUAACUCGAGGAAAAGUGUUCACUCUAACAUUAAACAAAAAAAUUCGGAGGAAGUAAAAGUUACAAAUGGACUGCGGAUUUUUACCGAAGAAAGUGUACCGAUAUUAAAAUAAAGCGUGAUCAUCCAACGAAUUUUAAAUAUGACGAGAGGAAGGCACAAGAAGAUGUUGAUAUUACUCGCUGUCUCCAUGGUGGUGGUACUAGCAGAACCCGAUCCUUCAGAAGAGUAUCUUUAUAGUCGAUUUACAAAAAACAGAGAGGAAGAUAAAUGUUACGAUGACAAUGGAAAACCACAGAGAUGUAUACCGCCUUUUGAGAAUGCAGCGUUUAACGUGCUGAUGGAAGCAACGAACACGUGUGGCCAAGACAGGCCAAUCGAAUUUUGUAAACAGACUGGCGUCCAAAAGAAGUCUUGCGAGAUAUGUCGGUUCGGUGAUCAUCCUGCCCUGUUCCUUACCGACCACGAUAACAAUGACAACGCGACUUGGUGGCAGUCGGAAACGAUGUACGAAGGCAUCGGAUAUCCGAAUCAAGUCAAUAUCACGUUUCAUCUAGGCAAAACUUACGACAUAACUUAUAUUAGAUCGUUGUUCGAGUCGCCGCGCCCUGAAAGCUGGGGCAUCUACAAAAGGAAAAAUGAGGACUCGCCGUGGGAACCGUAUCAAUUUUAUUCGGCGUCUUGCAGAGACACUUACGGCUUACCAGAUUCAAAGGAAACUAAAAGAGGAGAUGAUACAAGAGUACUUUGUACUUCGGAAUAUUCCGAUAUAUCGCCCUUGACAAAGGGUACAGUUGCGUUUUCCACUUUGGAGGGUCGACCUUCUGCCUACAAUUUCGAAACAAAUACGGCAUUGCAGGUGUGGGUCCAAGCGACAGAUCUUAGAAUUACUUUGGACAAGCUAAACACAUUCGGUGACGAAAUGUUUGGAGAUGAUCAAGUACUGAAGUCCUACUACUAUGCUAUCGCUGAUAUCGCCGUUGGAGCACGCUGCGCCUGCAAUGGCCACGCCAGAGAAUGCGUAAACAGUACCAGUGUGGAUGGAAAAACUCGCAGAGUAUGCAGAUGCGAGCAUAAUACCGCCGGACCAGAUUGCAACGAAUGUUUACCAUUUUACAACGAUGCACCUUGGGGACGUGCUACAACUACAGAUGCCCACGAAUGUAAACCUUGCAAUUGCAAUGGAUACUCGGAGAGAUGCUAUUUUGAUAGAGAACUGUAUAAAACAACUGGCCACGGUGGUCAUUGCUUGGAUUGUCGGGCUAAUCGCGACGGCGCGAAUUGUGAACGUUGCCGAGAGAACUUUUACCAACAUCCGGAUGACAAAUACUGCGUUGCUUGUAAUUGUAACGAAAUAGGAUCUAGAAGUUUACAAUGUAACAGUGAAGGAAAAUGUCAAUGCAAACCUGGGGUCACAGGAGAUAAAUGUGAUCGUUGUGCUGCUAAUUACUACAACUUUGGUUCUUACGGAUGCAUAUCGUGUGAAUGCGACGUGACUGGUUCCCUGAAUAAUACUCCAAAUUGUAAUGUUACCACUGGUACUUGUACCUGUAAAGAAAAUGUUGAAGGGAAACGUUGUCCAAAAUGUCGACCAGGAUUCUUUAACCUUGCAAUUGACAACGAAUUUGGUUGUACACCGUGCUUCUGUUACGGACAUUCUUCGGUAUGCCAAUCUGCAACUGGUUAUUCUAAGUUUGUAAUUGAAAGCAUGUUUGUGAGAGGAACUGAACGGUGGUCAGCCACAGUUGCUGGAAACACGGUACCUCUUCAUUAUGAUCAUUUUACUCAAACAAUAUCUGUUACUGCAUUGGACCGAGACAACGUUUAUUUCGUUGCACCUGACAGAUUCCUUGGUGAUCAACGAGCAUCAUACAAUCAAGAUUUAUCAUUUACAUUAAGAAUCGCAGAAGCUGGUCCUGCACCUACAGUUCGUGAUAUAAUACUGGAAGGAGGAAAUGGUGAACAAAUUACACAACCGAUUUUUGGACAGAAUAAUCGUUUACCUACAGUUACGCCGCAAGAAUACCGUUUUAAACUUCACGAACAUCCUAAGUAUGGUUGGGAACCACGUUUGUCUUCUCGAGCGUUCAUGUCCAUUUUGUCCAAUCUGUCAGCUAUAAAAAUUCGUGGAACUUACACUCAUAAAGACAGAGGAUUUUUGGAUGACGUUAAGUUGGAAACGGCUCACCGGGGAGCUGCAGGCGAAUCUGCAGAUUGGGUAGAGCACUGUCAAUGUCCCCCUGGAUACGUGGGACAAUUCUGUGAAUCUUGUGCACCUGGAUUCCAUCAUGAUCCGCCAAACGGUGGUCCUUUCGCGCUAUGUGUUUCUUGUAACUGUAAUGGACACGCAGAUAUUUGUGAAGCCGAAACUGGUCAGUGCAUUUGUCAGGAUAAUACAGCAGGUAGUAAUUGCGAAUUAUGUAAACGCGGUUAUUAUGGUCACCCACUAAAAGGUACGCCUGAUGAUUGUAAACCUUGCCCUUGUCCUGAUAAUGGACCAUGCAUACUGCUUGGUAAUAACCCAGAUCCUAUUUGUUCUGAAUGUCCGUCGGGCAGGACAGGACCAAGGUGUGAAACGUGUUCCGAUGGAUACUUUGGUAAUCCUGAGGGAGGCAUAGCUUGUCGACCUUGUGAUUGUAACAAUAAUAUCGAUUUAAACGCUGUUCGAAACUGCAAUCAAGAAACUGGAGAAUGUCUCAAAUGUGUUAAUAAUACGGCUGGUUUCUAUUGCGAAGAAUGUCUUCCAGGAUAUUACGGAGAUGCGCUGUCUGAUCGCAGAGAGGAUGGUUGUAGAUUGUGUCAGUGUUAUCCACCGGGUACAGUUGAACUUGACGAUGGAAGGGUAGCUCCUUGUGAACAAUUAACUGGGCAAUGCAAAUGUAAGCCACACGUGAUUGGCCGAAAUUGCGAUAAAUGUGAGGAAGGAUAUUAUCACAUACUGAGUGGGGAGGGUUGUGCAUCUUGUAAUUGCGAUCCAGAAGGAUCUUAUAAUCGUACAUGCAAUCCCAUUAAUGGUCAAUGUGAAUGCAGACCAGGUGUUACCGGUCAACGUUGUGAUAAAUGCCUGUCUUAUCAAUAUGGUUUCAGUAGGGAAGGUUGCAAGCCUUGCGAUUGUGAUAGUAUUGGUUCUCAAGACUUACAGUGUGAUAUUAAUGGACAGUGUCCAUGUUUCACAAAUGUAGAAGGAAGACGUUGCGAUCGUUGUAAGGAAAACAAACACAACAGGCAAAAUGGCUGUGUCGACUGUCCAGAUUGUUAUAAUCUCGUUCAAGAUGCUGUCAAUCGCCACAGGGAACGUCUGGCUGAAUUGGAAAAUACGCUAAAAAAAAUCAACAGUAGUCCAACUGUCAUAAAAGAUAAUGAAUUUGAAAAGGAGUUAAUGAAAAUCCAAAAUAGAGUGAAAAAUCUUCUGAGUAUUGCGAAGCAAGGAUCUGGCAGUGAAAAUAAAACGUUGGUGGAGCAAUUAGAUGAAUUACGUGAUCAGUUGAAUGAAAUCGAUCAAAUUUCGAAGGCGGUAGACUUAACUGCUUCCGAGGCGCAAAAAACUACCUCUGAAGGAUUAACGAGCAUCAACGAAGCGCAAAAAGUAGUUGAUAAAAUCCACACUAACUUAACUGAAGCUGAAGAUUAUUUAGCCACGGAUGGAGCAACUGCUUUAGCUGAUGCAAAAUUCCGUGCGGAACAAGUUGGCCAACAGAACAAACAAAUGACUGCUAUCGCACAAGAAGCGCGUUUACUAGCUGAUCAAAACGUCAAUGAAGCCAUGAAGAUUCAUGACUUGGCGGAACAAGCUCGAAAUAGAACUAUAGAAGCUUACAAUCUUGCAAAGAAAGCUAUAUCAAAAUAUACUAACUUGACCCAAGACAUUCGAGUAUUAGAAAAUAAAUUAGAAUUAUUAGAGCAUCGUAUGGACGAAGUGAAGAAUCUUACCAGCAUAGCGGCCAAUAAAUCGUCCACUGUGUCACAAGAAGCGAUAGAUUUAUUGAUUUUAGAUUUAACACUUCCAGCCGUUAAUAUUGAGCAAUUACGAAAUCAAGUUGAAGAUGUCAAUAUGGAGGGAUUGCGAUUAAAAGAACAAGCACAAUUGUUACUAGAUCGUCACGGAAGUCUCAUAAAUGAAAUGGUAGAAAAAGUAAGAAAAAGUGAAGAAUUAAUAGAAAGAGCACAAGAUCAGCAGGCAGCUACUGCUGAACUUUUGGCAGAACUAGACGGAGCUAAUGAGAAAGUAAAUGAUGCUGUAAAACGAGGCGAUCAAACCUUGAAAGAAGCUCAAGAAACUUUGAAAAAAUUAGGCGAAUUUGAUGCUGAAGUUCAACGUGAACGUAUUAGAGCACAAGAUGCUUUAAAAAAUAUUAGCAGUAUUGAAGCAAUGAUUGUAUACGCUACUGAACAAACUGAACAAGCGGAAGAAAUAUUACGCGGGUCUGAAGAUAAUGCCAAAUAUACUCGUGAAACUGCUCAGAAAGCUCAGAUAUACGCAGAAGAAGCUAGUGCUAAAGCAAACGACAUUAGAAUCGAAGCAAAUAAAACUAAAAUAGAAGCGCUUCGUGUAGGAAACGAGGCUGAAAAAUUACAUCUUAGAGUUGACACCACGGACUCCAUGAUGCAACAGUAUGAGAUUCAAAUUGGUCAGGACACAAACAUUACGACAGAAGCAAAUCACAAAGUUGGUCAAGUAAAAAUCAACGUAACAUUAGCAUCGCAACAAGUGGACAAAGCUUUAGCUGAAGUAGCUGAAAUUAUAAAAGAACUAGAGAACUUACCAAAAAUAGAUGAUGCUGAUUUGAAUCAUUUGGAAGAACGUCUGAUUGCAGUUGAAAAAGAUAUUGCAGCUGCAAAUUUAGAUCAAAGAAUCCGUGCGUUAACAGAUGCAAAAAAUUUGCAAACGCAGUGGGUAAAGAAUUAUGAAGACGAAGUUAAUAGAUUAAGAAUGGAAGUCGAAAAUAUCAGCGACAUAAGAAAAGUUUUACCCGUUGAUUGUUAUAAACGUGUACAAUUAGAGCCAUAAGUAGUGGUUCGUUAUUAACUACUAUAUUUAAAAGUGCGAUCAUUUCAUUUUUACUUUCAUAUCACUACAUGUGCCUUACAUGCAUUUAUAGAAAGAGAAUGUUGGCUAAUAUGAACACUAAAUAUGUGAAUAUGUAUUUAGAAUCAUAACUUUAACACUAAACGUAGUGACAUUUUGUAUAUUACUAUACUACUAUUAUACUACUAUAUUACCUAUUUCUAAAGUAACCAGUCGAAUAACUGAUUAUAAAAUAAAAGUGAACAAAUUAGAUGAUCGAUUUUUCUUAGUGGAAGUAGAAAUAGAGGACAAUAUAGGAAUUGAUAUCAACUUAAAUGUACGAAAGAAAACGCAGUAUUUUAAAUCAAAUUUUAAAACCGAUCAUUUAACCGAUUGCGGUACGUUUAGUGUUAAAUUUAAUUAAGAUUUUUUAUUCAUUAAAAGAUUACUUUACAUUACAGCUGAGUACUUAAAUUGUGUAAAACGUUAUAUAAUUUAAAUUACAAAAUUAUAACAAAACAUUUUAGGGUAAGCCUAGACAACUAGCGGCUCGAGGACCACAUGCGAUAUUCUCGCUAUUUCUCAACUCCUAACAGAGAUGCUCACCAUGCCUGUUUGUGAUACAAUGGAGGAACAAGAAGAUAAGAAACUACAGGCAGUCGAUCUAUUUUUCCUCUUCUCCUUCACGUUACAAGUAGGCAUAGGUGGAUCAUUGGUAGAAAGAGAACAAUGAACAGGACAUCGCAUGUGACCGACAGUCUGUUGGUUGCCCAGGCCUGUUUUAGAGUAUACUAUUUCAUACUAGUGAAUCGCUAGCCAAACAGGAUACUACUUGUGCAUUUAUACGUAGAUUGUUUUAUUUAACGACUUGUUUAGAACUGUUUUUUACAUUUUUUUCUUGAAGACUAAUUUUUCACUUGUACACGUACAAGCGAAUGCAAUAAUGAACUUUAUACCAAAGAUUUUAUAUAGUAGACAUGUGUUCCCUUUGCUGUCAUUACUAGGCCGUCUGUAUUAUUCAGUUCUUUUAAUAUUUUUAUAAUACAAUUUUUGUACGUUUGUACAAAUAUGUAUAUAGUACAUAUGUAUGUUCAUUUUUUGGCUUCUACAGUUCUUCCAAGGAAAAUAACAAAUGUUUCACUUUUCAAUAUAGUCGACCAUAUGCAUUAUAUUACAUAAGUUAUUUAUAUGUUUGUAAAAGCGAAAUAAUGCAUUACGUUUAUACGGAAUAUUAAGAGCAUUACAAAACAUUUGUGAAAUCGCAUGGAAAACAAUAAAAGUCCAAAUAUAUUUUAAAAUGUAUAUCAUCUUGAAAUUUUAUACAUAAGAUAACACUUUUAUAAAAUACUGUUACAUAUCUACUAUAAAUAAAAAACUAUUCAUCAAA